CAAUUUAUGACACUUACCUUGACCACAUUCGUCUUCAAGUUGUUAUCCGUAGAGGGCAGCCAUCAAACACUCUCUGUUGUCAAAGAAAGCCACCGAUAUUCUCACAGAAAGAGCUUUGUACGCGCCUCCUUUUCCGAAGCAAGAAUCAUGGAGAAAACGGUGAGCUGGGAUGCGGCAUUGCUCAACUAUCAGGACAUCGAUUGAGCAGCUUAGCUACCUGUACAGCUCCGGGAUGAUGUACUUCUCCUUCACUCUGUUGGCUUGGCUCGGCUUGGAAAAGACCAUUGGAUGUGGGGGAGCUGCCGAGAGCAUAUCUUUCUCGGUCUCUCUCUCUCUCUCAUCUCUUCUCGACUGCGACCUUUGUGGUUCUUUUUGCUAUUGCCUCUUUCUCUUUCUUUCCAGCCUCUUUCCUCUCUUUUCUCUCUUUAAUAAUCUCUUUUGUUCUUUGUUUUCUUCUAACUCUAUUGCUUUUGUACUGCCAUGUGUAUGUGUAUUUCGAAAUCUUGAUAAAGAUAUAUAAUCCUAGUGAAUAGUCAUCGAAGAGACAAGUGGCACGGAGCUGAAACCCGAACGAGGAAAAGAAAUCAUCAAUCAAUCACUCUACUGAAAUGUCUCCUCUCACAAAAAGAAGAGAAAAAU